AUCAAUUCCAUCCAUCGGGUCUUUACUCUCUUACCCAACCCACACACACUCUUUCUCUCUCUCUCUCUUUCCCUGAUCAUCAAAAUCAGAAAAAAUUGGGGGAAUGGAGACCAACAACCAGCAACAACAACAACAAGGAGCUCAAGCCCAAUCGGGACCCUACCCCGUCGCCGGCGCCGGCGGCAGUGCAGGUGCAGGUGCAGGCGCUCCUCCCCCUUUCCAGCACCUUCUCCAGCAGCAGCAGCAGCAGCUCCAGAUGUUCUGGUCUUACCAGCGUCAAGAAAUCGAGCACGUGAACGACUUUAAGAAUCACCAGCUCCCUCUUGCCCGCAUCAAGAAGAUCAUGAAGGCCGACGAGGAUGUCCGCAUGAUCUCCGCCGAGGCCCCCAUCCUCUUCGCCAAGGCCUGCGAGCUCUUCAUCCUCGAGCUCACCAUCCGCUCCUGGCUCCACGCCGAGGAGAACAAGCGCCGCACCCUCCAGAAGAACGACAUCGCCGCCGCCAUCACCCGCACCGACAUUUUCGACUUCCUCGUUGAUAUUGUCCCCCGCGACGAGAUCAAGGACGACGCUGCUCUUGUGGGGGCCACCGCCAGUGGGGUGCCUUACUACUACCCGCCCAUUGGACAGCCUGCCGGGAUGAUGAUUGGCCGCCCCGCCGUCGAUCCCGCCACCGGGGUUUAUGUCCAGCCGCCCUCCCAGGCAUGGCAGUCCGUCUGGCAGUCCGCUGCCGAGGACGCUUCCUAUGGCACCGGCCCCGCCGGUGCCCAGCGGAGCCUUGAUGGCCAGAGUUGAGUGACAUCGAUGCCGAAGAUGGACUGUCAGGAGUUAUGAAGAUUCUGAACUUGCUGCAAUUUAGAAAUGGUUUUGUUUACUAAAUUUUUAUGGGAUGACACUGUGAACCUGUUAACUCGAUGAACAGCAUGAUUUAACUACUUUUGUACAAAAAUUUAAAACUAAACACUGAUCCUUCUGUGUGAAACAUGUAUGAUCAUCUGCCAAUACUGUUUAUUUCCUCAUAAGUCAUGAUACCACUCAUAUACUUUGCUAUGUGCUUCGAUUCAUAGUAUUUGAUAUCCGGUAUCUGAUA